AUGACAGUCUCACUAUAUGCUGUAGCAGACUUCUGCCUCAUUCCUGUUGGAUUACCUCAAACUUCCGUUGCACGUGAAAUAGCCGAAGUGCAAAGGGUAUUAGAGAAAUCAGGAUUAGAUGGUUAUGGAACAAAUCUUGAAGGACCAUGGGAUGAUGUUGUUCGAGUCAUUGGAGAGUGUCAUCAGGCCGUACACGAUCUGGGUUGUCCAAGAAUCGCUACCGACGUCAGGAUAGGUACGAGAACAGAUAGAUCCAUCACUUCAGGUGGUAAUGAUGGUAAAGUACAAAGAGUUGUAGAUAUACUCGCUUCGGAGAAAAAGUGA